AUGGGCGUUCUGGUAGAGGUGGAGCGAUUUUCUCCUUCCAGGGGUGCGCUGUGUAGGUCGUGGCUCUUCCCUGACUCAAGUGAUUCCCUUUAUUUUUCAGGACUUCCCUGGAAGUUAGGUGAUCUCGGCCUUUCUGUUUGCAUUUCUUCUAGGGAACUGUUUUCACCGUCUCAGAAAUAUCAGCUCCUUGUAUAUCAUGCAGACUCUCUCUUCCAUGAUAAAGAAUAUAGAAAUGCUGUAAGUAAGUACACGAUGGCCUUGCAACAGAAAAAAGCAUUAAGUAAAACUUCAAAAGUGAGACCUUCUACUGGGAAUGCCGCAUCAACUCCCCAAAGCCAGUGUUUACCAUCUGAAAUUGAAGUGAAAUAUAAAAUGGCUGAAUGUUAUACAAUGCUGAAGCAAGAUAAAGAUGCCAUUGCUAUUCUGGAUGGGAUUCCUUCCAGACAGAGGACCCCAAAGAUCAAUAUGAUGUUGGCAAAUUUAUACAAGAAAGCAGGUCAAGAACGCUCAUCUGUUACGAGCUACAAAGAAGUACUAAGGCAGUGCCCUUUAGCACUUGAUGCCAUACUAGGCUUGCUCUCGCUGUCAGUGAAAGGUGCGGAAGUGGCCUCUAUGACAAUCAACGUAAUUCAGAGUAUUCCUAACUUGGAUUGGCUUUCAGUGUGGAUCAAGGCAUAUGCUUUUGUGCAUACUGGAGAUAACACAAGAGCGAUAAAUACCAUUUGCUCUUUAGAGAAAAAGUCAUUGCUGAGGGAUAAUGUAGAUUUACUGGGGAGCUUAGCAGACCUGUAUUUCAGAGCCGGAGAUAAUAAAAACUCUAUUCUAAAAUUUGAACAAGCACAAAUGCUGGAUCCUUACUUAAUAAAAGGAAUGGAUGUAUAUGGUUAUUUAUUGGCACGCGAAGGUCGACUAGAGGAUGUGGAGAACUUGGGCUGCCGUCUCUUCAAUAUUUCUGAUCAACAUGCGGAACCCUGGGUGGUAUCUGGGUGUCAUAGUUUCUACAGUAAACGAUACUCCCGUGCCUUAUACUUAGGAGCCAAAGCUAUCCAGCUUAAUAGUAACAGUGUUCAAGCUCUCCUGCUGAAAGGAGCUGCUCUUAGGAAUAUGGGCCGAGUACAAGAAGCAAUUAUACACUUCCGUGAAGCAAUACGUCUUGCACCUUGCAGGCUGGAUUGCUAUGAAGGUCUCAUCGAAUGUUACCUAGCAUCCAACAGUAUCCGUGAAGCUAUGGUUAUGGCAAAUAACGUGUAUAAAACUCUGGGAGCAAAUGCACAGACGCUCACUCUGUUAGCAACAGUCUGUCUCGAAGACCCAGUCACGCAGGAAAAAGCAAAAACAUUAUUGGACAAAGCGCUAACGCAAAGACCUGAUUACAUUAAAGCUGUGGUAAAGAAAGCAGAACUUCUUAGUAGAGAACAAAAGUAUGAAGAUGGAAUUGCUUUGCUGAGGAAUGCACUGGCUAACCAGAGUGACUGUGUUCUGCACCGAAUACUGGGAGACUUUCUUGUAGCUGUCAAUGAAUAUCAGGAAGCAAUGGACCAGUACAGUAUUGCCCUAAGUUUGGAUCCAAAUGAUCAGAAGUCGCUAGAAGGAAUGCAGAAAAUGGAAAAAGAGGAAAGUCCAACAGAUGCGACCCAGGAAGAAGAUGUGGAUGAUAUGGAGGGAAGUGGAGAAGAGGGGGACUUGGAAGGCAGUGACAGUGAAGCAGCUCAGUGGGCAGAUCAAGAGCAGUGGUUUGGCAUGCAGUAACGGCCUCUCAUCCUGCUGCUUGUUUUGGCACUUGAACAUACCACUAGGGCCAUUCUUUGAAGAACAUAAACUAUGAUUUCUGCAGUAACAAAGGACUUUUUUCUCUUUUUUUUUUUUUUUUUUUAAAUAAAUAGACUCUGUAACCAUUUAAUAGUUCUGUGCAUCUCAAUGCCAUGAAGAUUCUUGGUGCUUCUUAUUUAUUAAGUGUAAGGGACUAACUGCAUUGGAGGUUAUUUGCAACUUUCAUUUCAAAAAAUUCCUGCUAAAACUAAAAGCAUUAGAAUCUGAAGUGUGUAAUAAGCCUGUUGUUUAUGAUGAAAACAAUGUCUGAAUUCUGUCCUGGGCUAAGUGUGCUUGAUCGAUCUGUAAAUACAGUGGUGUGUACUCCUUUGUGGAAAAGGUCUUACUCUUGUUUGUAUGCUACCAUUUGGGCUCAGGCUCCUGUUGAAGCCUGGAGGAGUUGUUUGGGUGUGGCUGAAAGCAGCACUUUGCUCUUGCUGUAUUUGUUGAAUUAAUUUGUCUUUUUAUAUAAGGUAUUACAUGUGCUGUAAAGGAGAAGUUUGGUAGGCUUGGCAACUUUGACUUACAGGACACUUCUGUAGCUGACUGAUUUCUAUGUGUACAGAAUUGAGCCACUGUUGGAGAAUUACAGUCGCUUCCUCAAUCCUUACUAAACCCUGUAAUCACUUAAAGUCUGUACAUGAGCAUUUAUUUUUAAACGCAGUUUAGUUUUAUUUCAGUAUGUUACUAAAAGGUUUUACAGCGGUGACUCAAAGCACUUCACAUUCUAUAUACAGCACUGACAUUUAAAAUGAUAUAAAAAGAAUUCAUGCGUCUUCACUUGCAUUGCUGUAGAAAUGUUAAAUUAUGCAAAUACACAUAUUGUCUUGUUUUUGCCAUGUUUAUAUACUUCAUGUUUGUGUCAGGUAAUGUUUGAAUUCGUGUGUUUUCCCUCACCUUUUGAAGCAAAGUUGCAUUGCUUCACGUACAAAUUCUCAACAUCAGCGUUUCAAGGGUGAGCUGCUUUGUGUAAUCUAGAAACCAUUUCAGUUCUGUGGGCUUGAUGUGUGGGAGGAGGAAUUACUUCUUGCUCUUAUUUUUCUUACGGUUCCGAUUUCCUUACUCUUUACUAAAACACGCAUUUUUAUCUUU